GAUAUUGCGAGAGAUUGCUCAGUCCGACGGGACGAACAAUCUUCUGAGACUCGUCACGUCCAUGCUGCCGAUGGUGGCCAAUACACUCGAGGAUGAGGAUGCGAUGGACCGCAUCAGUGAUUUGAUGCGGAUCACAGGAGAUGCACUGGAGAGCAAGUCCUUUCAACGAAAUGCGGCGGCCGGUGUGAGGUUUUCCAAGACCACCUUGGAGGAUGAUCGGAUAGGUGAAGCUCUGUCGAGUGGUAUGGAGGUGCUCAGCAGUGUACUGGCGCGACCGGAAAUUAGCACCGCCAUCAACACGGCCGGCUCAUCCUUUAAUAGCGCCAUAUCUCAUCCUUCGCUGCAGACGGGCGUUAAACGCGUCAUGGAGAGUCCGCGGGUGAACCGGGCCGUUAACACCACAGUCAAGUCGAGUGUGUCGGUAGCACAACAACUAAUGAAGAAUGAGCAGCUCUCAACUGUCACUCGAACCGGGAUGGAUUACGGGACCAGGAUGCUCAAUGACGCGAAUGUGCAGCAGGCCGUCAAGCGCACGGUGUCUAAUGGCGCGUACUAUACAAAGCGUGUGCUGGACAACGAGACACUGGGUGCUGCGGCUAACACGUCUACGAAUGUUGCGCUUUCUAUUCUGGGGAGCGGCGUAGUGACGGGCGCAGCAAACAGCACGUGGGAACUAGCCAGAGGUGUGGUGACCAGUGAUCAAGUGGUGAAGAGUUGGGGUGUGCUCGCAAGUACCUUUGAAUACUUCACCGCAAUUCCCGAACGUUCCGUCGAAGAGAUGGAGCAAGACUUGCAGGUUAUGAAGGAUAUUGCCGAGCCCGAGAUAGCCGAGUUGCAAGAGCUUGAAGCGAAACUGGCUGCCGAAGAAAUUAUACUCCGAGCGAAAUACGACUCUCUCAAGUCUGAAAUUCGGGGAGUGCGAUCUAAGCAGGUCAAUAUUGCGACACGCAUCAAGGUAGCCGAGGCCCAAUUAGAGGUCGCGAGAAAUCGGUUGCUCGAUCUUGAAGCAGAUGACGAACAGACUACCUCAACUACGGCCGGAACACUGGAUGAUCAACUUGAAAGGAGUUAGCUUGCGUGAAGUAACGCGAGAGAAGGGGAUGACGAGAUCUGUAUUAACAACCCAAAUGGGGGUUGCUAUUUGGGAAUGUAGGAAGAUUAAAAUAAGAGUUACA